CUGAAACCUUUUCUACGAUAGAACACUCCUGGACGAAUGAGGGACUACACCGUCUUAAACAGAGGUUGAAUUUCGACUAGUACUUAGUCAAAUCAAUGAAAAAGCUUGAAAAAAAGCUAUGAUCCCUAAUUAUACAUAAUUUAGAGCCUUUGGAUGCUAUUUGCUGAAGGAAUGAGGUCUUGAACCCGUAAAGUAAAGGCAUAUUGUACAGUACGUGAUGACUCAAACGGCUGUAAACUUCAUCAGCUGUAUGGUUUCGUGUUGCCAUCUACUGGCCGGAUUCUGCAACCAACCGCAGUCGGGAAGGACAGUAGACCGGGGAGAUUCACCUCAGCCUACCUGUAACGCGCUGCUGCAGUGCUGGACGAAGAUGCCCUCUAAGAGCAAAUUUUCAAAAGUACCAGUAGGAACCGUCCCUGUCAGCCGCCCCACCAACUGGCUCAGACAAUGUCGUGCCUCCACCAACCUCUCCAUCACAGCACUGGAGGUGCUGCCAGGCGGUGGCUGGGACAACCUCCGGAACAUGGACAUGGGUCGAGUCAUGAACCUCAGCUACUUCCAGUGCCAGACCACUGAGGACGGGCUCUACCUCAUCCCAGAUGAGGUGUUUGUCAUCCCCCACAAGGAGACGGGUGUGGAGACAAACUCAGAGAUAAUCAGCUCCUGGCUGGAGCAGAAAAGCUCUACAUCUAACACCAUAAAUGCAGACAUAUCCUUCCUCCCGGUGCUGAAUGGCAAAUUUUCUACAGAGAACCAGAGGAUGAAAACCCAUCAGGUCAAAGACUCUUCAACUACAGCCAGAGUGCAAGUUCGUAAAUUCAUCUACACAGUUCAGGCUUAUCCAGACUUCACUCUGGACACACGCUUUGCUCAACAAGCCAAAGACAUAGCUGAUGCAAUUGAAAACAACCAAACAAGGAACGCAGAAUAUCUCUCAGAGAAGAUGGUGCUGGACUAUGGAACCCAUGUUAUCACAAGUGUCGAUCACGGGGCUACUUUGGUUCAGGAAGACUACCUCCGUUCUUCAUACGUGUCGGACAGUGUGUCAGAAAGUUCCACUGUCAAAGCACAGGCAGGCUUAAACUUUUUUGACAAACUCAAGUUUGACAUAAGCAGUCAAAAUACCCAACAGAGCUCAUUACUUCAAACAUAUCAGUCCAAUAUUCAGUACUCUCUCAUCCAAAGCCAUGGUGGCGGCACACCUUUCUAUCCUGGCAUCACUCUGCAGAAGUGGCAGGAAAGUACAAGGAACAACCUGGUUGCUAUUGAUCGGUCAGGAUUUCCCCUACACAGCUUUAUAAACACCAACACCUUCCCUGAUCUGCCACAGCCUACAGUUGGCAAAGUGGCUCUUACAGUGAGUCAGGCCAUAGAGCGAUACUACAAGGUCAACACGCGCCCUGGAUGUGUCGACAUCGACUCCAAGAACUUUAACUUCCAAGCCAACAUUGAUGAUGCAUCCUGUGAGGGCCCCGCUACCAACCUCAGUUUUGGUGGUGUCUACCAAGAGUGUAUUCAGGUCAGCUCAGAUGCUGGUCCACUAUGUGAUGCCUUGGCCCAGAAAAACAUUGAAACAGGUGACUUCUCCUGUCGUCCGCCUUACUCCCCCACUUUACUGAGAUCAGAAGUGAGACAGCAGGGUUACACUUUGUACGAAUGCUAUGACCAAAGCUAUGAUUGUGGGCUUUUUGGGCUAUUUGAUUGCAGUGAUUUAGUGUGUCAGGACAACUACCAUGUUCGCUCUGCCCGCAUCGACACCUACUGGUGCUCUGUAAAUGGAAAGGCCCCAGACAACUCAGGGUAUCUGUUUGGAGGGAUAUACAGCCCCUCUCUCCUGAACCCCCUAACCAAUGCCAAAAGCUGCCCCCCAAACUUCAUUCCGGUAAAGUUUCUCUCGGACGGCCAAGUGAUCUGUGUGAGUAAAGACUAUGAAACGGCCACCAGAUACUCAGUACCAUUCGGAGGCCUCUUCAGUUGUCAGUCAAGCAACCCACUGGCAGGGUAUCAACAUCGCUGCCCUCCCAAGUUCAGUCAGCACCUCGCUACAGUGAGCGACGGCUGUGAAAUUCUUUACUGUGUCCAGUCAGGACUGUUCACAGGUGGGCAGCUGCUUCCGAUCCAUCUUCCUCCUUUCACUAAACCUCCACUUGUCAGCAUGCAAGCCACAAACACGGUCAUGGUGAUGACUGAAGGAGAUAAGAGCUGGGUCAGAGUGGGGCAGACCAAGGAGUGGAAACUGGCCAAACCAGAGGAAAUCAAGGAAAUUGUACAGAAGCUUAACCCAGAAUUGAGUCAGAUGUCUAGAGGAGAAAAGGCAGGGUUAGCCUUUGGGGUGAUUGGUAUGAUGGCGCUGGUGGUAGUGGCAGUACUCCUGGUGAAGAGAAGGAGGAGGCUGGCUGGGUUUAGGACAGUUAGAGGCUAUGAGGAAAUACGUGGAGAGGUUGACCGUGAUGAAGUAGAGAGGGAGACACAGCAAAAUGAGGCUUGAGUGAAGCACACAUCUUAGAGGCUUGUUAGUCGGAGAGGUUAAUCUGGUGUGACAGCUUUUGAUUUUCACUUCCUUGUUGAUUGUCACCUCAGAAAUUUCUGUCAUGCAUCUUUGGAGGGUGGAAAUUGUUCACAUGUUUGAGGGCUCUUAGUUUGAAUCAGUUGGACUUUGCAAUUAUUAUUAUUCUUAUGGAAUGUAUAUGAAACAAAUUUGUAAUUGACAUUUUAACAACUGCUAUGGAUUGCAAAUGUAAUAGUUUUAACAAAACAUUUAUUAGUAGACAUUCUUUCCUAGCAUUUGCUAGCAUUAUGUGCAAGUCAUGUUUAGCAUAAGUAAACUGCAUUUUGUAUGUACAAACUUUAGACAAUAUCAUAUUAUAUUAGAUCUGCAUAAUGCCAUGUACUGUAUAAAUAUUUGUAUUUCCAGUUUAAGAAUUUGAAUGCUUUGUAUGACUUUGUUUGGAUGUACCAUUUAUAAAAUGUAGUUUUUUCUAAAUAUUUUUUACAGACAAUUGAUUAGCAUUUUGUGAAGCUUUUUUUUCAACAUAUGAAUAAAAAAAGCAUUAGAUUAAGAAUGUAUUUUUUUUAUCAUGCUAAUAUAAUUGACAGGAUUUAAAAAUGUAUGUCAAUUAAAUUAUUUUGCACUGCACUUUACUUAUUAAAGUAAUGUAAAACAA